UUCAAAAUGGCGGACGUUGAGGGCAGCUUGGACGAAGAAGCUCUCAGGCGAAGAGAACGGUUAAAAGCCAUGAGAAUCAAAAGUGGAUUACCAGAGCAGCAGACUUCUGCUGAUAGUGAUUCCAUGAGAGGAGAAAAGCGAUCUGUGGAUGAUUCAUCUGAACCCCUUUGAAGAUGAAGUGCAAGAGCACCUUGAGAAAGCAAAAGCUGACAAAGUUAUAGAAGAAGUGGACCUGGCCAAUUUGGCACCAAGAAAGCCUGACUGGGAUUUAAAGCGAGAUGUUGCAAAGAAACUUGAGAAGUUAGAGAAGAGGACACAGAGAGCAAUAGUUGAACUUAUAAGAGAUCGGUUACAACAAGGAGAAGAAUUAGCUGCAGCGGUCAAUGCAGCAGCAUCAGAACAGAACUAUGAAGCAGAGUGAAGACUGUUUACUGUGUUCCACCAAAGAGCAAUGCACACUUGUGCUGUUCUCGGAAAUGUCCACUAAAAACAACAGUCAAAAAAAUCCCUGGUCAAGCUGUCAUCUCUGACUUUAGUGAACUUGGUGUUCAAAGUGGAUGUUGGACGUAGUGAGAGGCAGAUAUCCAGAUAAAUUUGGCUAAUUUCUUAUUUCAAGGCGAGCAGUCUUUGAAAGUAGUUGCUCAUGAGAUAUACAAACAUAGUUAUGCUUGAUUUUUCUUGUUCUCGUUUUUUGAGUGAAAAAUGGUGGGAUCAUGAAGUUAUUCCUUUGUUGCCAAUGAAGAUGGAAAGAUUAAAAUCUGAAAGUCCUUUGUUGUG